AUGCUUAUUCUAGCUGUUAUAUUCUAUCGUGAAAGUGGCCAUGGUAUGCUGUUGUUAUCAAUACUUGCUCUAUGGGGUGCUUACCUCUUCUUGACAAGUGGUAAAUACAUACCUAAUGGUAAGAUUACACCUGGUAUACGAGGAGGCGACCCUAAGGAUACUACUGGCUUUGUUGGUCUUAUUAAUACAACUUUGAAGGAGAGGUAUGAUGCUAAUCACCUAACACCAUACGUUCUCAAUGGUCAUUGGGCAACAGCUCUGUUAUGGCUUGUUGUGGAUUACAAGAAGAAGCCUCAACUCAGACGUAGAUGGUUUAAAACUGAUGAUACUACACCCAAGCAUCCACAAUCCAUUGCUCUUGAUUGGUGCCUUCCUGAGGGAGAGCCCAACCGAGAGGUUAAAGGUAUUUACCUUGCUCUACAUGGCCUUAAUGGUGGCUCUGGUGAAGGAUAUGUAGUUGAUUUGUAUAAUACUGCUGUCCCUCAAGGAUAUGCUGUGUGUACUAUGAUAUCCCGUGGUCUUAGUGAUACUCCCUGUAGUGGAGGCCCUGAUGAUGCUUUCUCUGGUGCUAGGGUUACUGAUGCUUAUAAGGCUAUUCAGAUCUGUCAUAAGGCGGCAGGAUCUGGAGUACCACUAAUGUUGGUAGGGUACAGUAUGGGUGGUAUUGUAGCUGCUAAUACGGUGGCUAAGUAUGGUCAUGAGUUGAGGGAUAAACUAAGCUCGUGUGUUGUUAUAUCUGGUGGUACUAGAUUGUUUGAGAAUUAUGAUUAUCUACCAGCAAGGGAAUUAUGGCAUCCGAUGAUGGCAGAGGAAUUGAAGGAAUCUGUCAUUGGUCCUAUGGUAAAGAGGACAGGAUUUAAACCUAAAGACCCUCAAUGGUAUACUAUGCCUAUGGGAGUUGUCGAACUUGAUGCUGAGAUAUCCGCACCUGCUCAUGGUUUUGCCUCUCUAGAAGACUACUAUCAUGGUUGUAGUGCUACUAGUGAGAAGACUAGUGAAGGAGGCAAGAACAUAUGUAUACCAACGUUGUGUGUUCAUGCAUAUGAUGAUCCAGUUAUACAUGUAGAUUCAUCAGGACUUAUACCUCCUACGGCCUCUAAAUAUCUAUUCUCUCUAGUCACUCCUAAUGGUGGUCAUGUUGGUUGGCCUCAAGGUUGGGUACCUUCAAAGACAGGUUUCAACUGGAUCACAGCUACCGUUAUGGCCUUCUCCAGUGCAGUCGCCAAUAACAAGGAUUUACUCCUUAAAUACUAAGUAUCCGUCACGAUGGCGGCCAUUCAGGAUUUGUGGUAUAACUAUAUCCUCGUUAUUAUCAUCGUCAUCGUAGAUUU